GGGGCUGAGGCCACAAGAAAAAUCAAGCUGGGGCAGCUGAUUUGAAACACAGUAACCAUCAUGGAUGGGAAGAAAAGCAAUGAGAAAUCCUCCCAGCUUAGGAAGCAUCCAGUGUCCUGCUCUCGAAGAGCAGAACUCCAGCUUCCUGUUAGCCGCAUGGAGCGAUACCUCAGAGAGAAUAGUUAUGCUCCGCACCUGCCCUUCUCCACACCCGUUUUCCUGGAAGGAGUUCUGGAAUACCUGACAGCCAGUAUCUUGGACCUGGCACGCAAAGAGGCCCGUGGCAAGCGCAAGAAACACAUCCUCCCACAGCACUUGGAGACGGCAGCAGAAAAUAAUCAGCAACUUGGUCUCCGUUUUGGGGAUAGCAGGAAGUCUAUGCUGGAUGAGAUGACCCAAAACAAGAAGAAGUGAUAAGGCCUGCAUCUCCAAGUCUGGGGCACCUCAUGAACAGCCUCAUCCUGACCUCGUAACAGCCACAGAUGAG